CGGGGUACGCAUCGAAUAAAGAAGGGGCAUAGUCGUAGUACAAGACACAGUGGACAUUUCGCCUUUGUCAUGACUUCAGCUGUCAAACUCGAUUUGUACAAAUGGCUCUUAGCGAUUUGGAUGUUUGCUGUGUUACAACUACCAGUGGACGCCAGGUUGAUGUUUGAUGUCGUCCGAACUGAUGUCUCUUUGGCUGAUUGGGAUUCACUCAUCUUCACCGUCCACUGGCCUGUAACGACUUGCCUCAUCUGGAAAGAAGGAAAGCCGGCCCAUACCUGCAUUCUGCCAGAGAACCAUGUCUGGACCAUUCAUGGCAUCUGGCCAAAUGAAGAGGGAAAGGAAGGACCUUUCUUUUGUAACCGAACUUGGGUCUUUGAUCCUGAUAGGAUCGGCACUCUUCGUCCUCAGUUGCUCAGAGUUUGGCCCAACAUUCACGGAAACGACACCGACGAUUCUUUGUGGAAACACGAGUGGGAGAAGCACGGCACCUGUGCUGCCCUUGAUCCCAAAUUUGGUUCAGAGGAACUCUAUUUCAAUCAGGGAAUUCAAUGGGUGAAGAAUUACCAUAUAACUAAGAUACUGUCACAGAAACUGGUUGUUCCAUCCAUGUCAACUCGGUACAAUGUAACAGUGAUCCACAAUGUGCUUCAAGAAGCUUUAGGAGCUGUUCCAACGAUUGGCUGUGAAUUUGACAAAGAUACUGGAAAUGUUUACCUGUCAGAGAUUAGGCUGUGCUUUCAACGAGAUCUAACUUUGGUAGACUGCAAACAUAGUCAGAGAUUGACAGGCUUGCAGAGUGUUACAAACUGCCCCAUCAACAAAAUGAUAAUGUACCCCGGCAAAGCAUCAUUCACCAAAUCCAGCAGGCAACACAAACGAAUGUUUCACAAUAAGAGGAGAAAUAACUUGAAGCAUGUUUAUCCAUGAAAUGUUCUUUCAUCUUCUUUGUUCUUUGCCCAGCAUAGCCGUGCAACUAUUUCAGAACUAUAAGUCUUCCCUGUUAGUUUUGUAUCAUGUCUCAAGUAAAUUGCUCACUUUGUCAAAAUUGGGUCUCCAAAAUAGAAAAAUUCAUGUUUCUGA